AUGCUUUUUACAUCCAUCCUCUCAUGCUGGGAAAGCGCGCGCGCUCCUGCGACGGUGCCGCAGGCUACUCGACCCGCAAAACGAAUAACCCGCGCCAUCGAGACCUCGGCUCCUCGCCCAGAAGGAAGACUUUACUCCUCUAUUGACCACUGCUCUCGAAGUAUCGGCUCUAUUAACCUUGGUUGCGGCCUUUCUGUAUUCCCUCAUCUUCGAGAACACCGGGCGUGCUCCGUUGACCCUCCUUGCCCGCCACGCCUGCCCAGAUCGAGCUCGCUCCUCCGACCGCAGCCCUCCCUCUGCGCCUCAAGAGAACUUGCCCUCCUUCGAACGCAUCACACAGUGCUCCCUAAUGUCCGUCCGCCGACGCGAAAAGACAUCACCAUCACUGAGAAGAAACAGCUGGCCGGGUACAACAUAACUGUGGACAAACAGAUUGCGCUUGCGGAUGCGCUUGCGGAUGCGCUUGCGGAACUUAUAAGGACACUCAAGCGAAGCCGUGAGCAGGAGCCUUCACCCCAUGCACAAGCAAUCACAGACACGGAGAGCUGCGUCGGUGGAAAAUGAGACUACGGCCCGGAAGAUGGAGGAGCACAUCCUUUUCCGGGGCGAGGGCUACCGUAGUGGAUUUUAGAAAAAGAAGCGCAAGGAAGACUACCGGACGGUCGUCAAGCGGCUUAGGUGGGCGACCCACGCGAAGCUAGAGCCAUAGGUCCUACUCCGUGAAGCCCUGCAGUGCAAGACCGCACAACUUCGCGGCAAGCAGGAGGAAGACAUAGCGGCGACACUCUCCGGCGAGCCCUGUCGUUACCUUGAUGCCUACUAGUGGGGCGCUGAUGGUCUCUCGUUUAGCAAGUGGGAAGUAAAUUCACACAAGUCCGUCCAGAACCCGGCACUCAAUAUCAUGACUCGCACAGGAAAUGGUAAUACCGGU